UCUACACCUCCUCCACCACCACCUCCUCCACCACAACCUCCUCCAUCUACACCUCCUCCACCACCACCUCCUCCAUCUACGGCACCUCCUCCAUCUACACCUCCUCCACCACCACCUCCUCCAUCUACGGCACCUCCUCCAUCUACACCACCUCCUCCUCCACCACCACCUCCUCCAUCUACACCACCACCUCCAUCUACAGCACCUCCUCCAUCUCUUCCAUCUACACCUCCUCCACCACCACCUCCAUCUACGGCACCUCCUCCAUCUACACCACCUCCUCCUCCACCACCACCUCCUCCAUCUACACCACCACCUCCAUCUACAGCACCUCCUCCAUCUCUUCUAUCUACACCUCCUACACCACCACCUCCUCCAUCUACACCUCCUCCACCACCACCUCCUCCACCACAACCUCCUCCAUCUACACCUCCUCCACCACCACCUCCUCCAUCUACGGCACCUCCUCCAUCUACACCACCUCCUCCUCCACCACCACCUCCUCCAUCUACACCACCACCUCCAUCUACAGCACCUCCUCCAUCUCUUCCAUCUACACCUCCUCCACCACCACCUCCAUCUACGGCACCUCCUCCAUCUACACCACCUCCUCCUCCACCACCACCUCCUCCAUCUACACCACCACCUCCAUCUACAGCACCUCCUCCAUCUCUUCCAUCUACACCUCCUACACCACCACCUCCUCCAUCUACACCUCCUCCACCACCACCUCCUCCACCACAACCUCCUCCAUCUACACCUCCUCCACCACCACCUCCUCCAUCUACGGCACCUCCUCCAUCUACACCUCCUCCACCACCACCUCCUCCAUCUACAGCACCUCCUCCAUCUACACCACCUCCUCCUCCACCACCACCUCCUCCACCACCACCUCCUCCAUCUACACCUCCUCCACCACCACCUCCUCCACCACCACCUCCUCCAUCUACACCUCCUCCACCACCACCUCCUCCAUCUACGGCACCUCCUCCAUCUACACCUCCUCCACCACCACCUCCUCCAUCUACGGCACCUCCUCCAUCUACACCACCUCCUCCUCCACCACCACCUCCUCCACCACCACCUCCUCCAUCUACACCUCCUCCACCACCACCUCCUCCACCACAACCUCCUCCAUCUACACCUCCUCCACCACCACCUCCUCCAUCUACGGCACCUCCUCCAUCUACACCUCCUCCACCACCACCUCCUCCAUCUACGGCACCUCCUCCAUCUACACCACCUCCUCCUCCACCACCACCUCCUCCAUCUACACCACCACCUUGCAUUAUUUGUAUUUAUUUA